AGCCGAGCUAGCUAAAAGCCAAGACACAAGGAAAGACUGGCGACCAGGUUCAGUCAAGGGGUGUAGCAGUGGCUAGCCAGCAUCGCGAUAGCCAUGGCCCAUGGGUCAGAUGCCUCUUAAUCAACCUUAUAUAUCCAGUCACCAGUUUAUGAAUCUCUCACACAUCCAUCCACGCUGCCUCUGGCUUUCUAUCACGUACUCAUACAUCUGCCUCUCACUCAUGCCACUUGGCGUGUGAUGUGCCAAGCCCAGGUCAAGAAGUGUGUUGUGUGUGACUGGGGGGGCUCAAUGCAGACAAGGGAGAGGAGAGAGAAUAACAUGUGUGAUUCGUCGUCACAGCACAGGUGGAAAAAGACGGUGGUUGAUAUUUUGAUCCUGAGCUGCACAUGUAGGCAGGAUCGUUAUGCCUUGCUCGGUACCGUCACAUCCCAGCUUGUCAACCUGGCAAGCAUUACGAGCAGUCCGAUGUCCGUACAGGAUACAGGGCAAGGUAGCAUUAGUCGAGUUGACCGUCUUUUUCGCUUCCGAUUCCUGACCCAUGGGCUGAACUACAAGCCCACAAAAAGACAACCUGAAUAGAGGAGAGAGGCAGGCGCGAGAGAAAAUAAAAGGCGCGAACCUGGGCGACCCCAAUGACCCAAUGACUGGGAUGAAAGAAGAGAAAGGAAAAGGCGGUAAUGGACCAAUAAGAUUAGAGAAUAUCCCCAGAGAGAGUCAAGGGGACCCAUAACACAGAUAACUGGG